GCAAGAUUCAUCUGGCUAUACAGACAACAAGACAAUUCUUUUGAUUUAUUCUGUUCACGUUAUCAAUCUACAUCGUCUCUCCAAAAUGCAGUUCCUUUGGGGUGUUGUGCUCUGUGCUGUUGUCUUCGCGAAGGCUUCCACUGCAUUGGUCGCUGGGAACGGUGCUGAGGUUAAUGUCCACGGGGCUGGAGAUGAGAUUGUCCACGCAGAGCCGGGAAAAGUGAUCGUCAAGGUCGGGGACCUCGAGGCCAGAGAGGCACCCCAGUGAGCCAGAUGUGUGGGACAUGGACGCUGUGUUGUGGGA